AUGGCCAGGACUCCUGAGCUGCUCCUUCUGCUGGCUCUGGGGCUCUGCUGCCCUGGGAUCCGGAGCCAGAGGUACUGGAUGACAGCCAGGUUUCGUGACAGCAACAUCACACACCCUGACAUCACACCCCCUGAGAUGGGACAGCGGCUGGAGCUGGAGCGUGUGACCCCCAGGGAUGACAGUGGUGUAUUCUGGAUCCGCCAGGACAAGGGUGGGAUCCUUCACUUUAUAGUUUUUAUCUCUUUCUCGUCUGAGACCACGUUCGAGGAAUACCAGAAGACAUCCACACAUUUUGAGGCAAGUAAAGAAGACAAGUUCUACCAGCUGGUGGUGAAAUCUUUCACAUCACAGGAUGAGGGGACCUAUUUCUGCAUCAUGAACAUCUACCAAAUGCUGUACUUCAGCCCUGGCCAGCCUGCCUUCUUCCCAGACACCACCGAGGACAAAGUCCUAAAUUUCUCCUGUGACGUCUUCAUCUGGAUUCGCUUGGCACUCGUCUGCCUCCUGCUCAUCCUUACCCUGUCACUCUCCAUGAUACUGUGUCAACAGUUCAGCAAGGAGAAAGAGCUGAAUUACUUCUGUGACAUCUUCCUCUGGAUUCCUGUGGUAGGCGCCUGUCUCUUGAUCGCCAUCGCCCUGGCAGUCACUGUUGCACAGUGUCAAU